GAAUGGUCGCUUGCGUUGAAUUGUUUCGAAUAGGCAAGAAUUAGGAUAUGAUUUUGAAUCGGACCUUGACAUUCGAGAAUCAGAAUCUGAAGCGGUGCAAAAUUGAGUCGGAAAUUGCUUACGAAAGCAAAAAGGACGAAUUUCGGGUGUAUAAGAAGCGGCAGAGGGCAAGCGGGUAUCACCCGUGCCGAGAACCCGACGAUCUCACCAGUUGCUCAGGUUCCUUGACCAGCGAAGAAGGAUCUCAGCUGGGCUCCUACAAGUCUGCUCCAUCGGUGUCUAAGUCAUCUCGUGGCAGAACUCGAGCUGUCCCCUCGAGGUUCAACGAUACGGUUCUCGAUGCAUGGAGAACUAGACGUCGCAAACACGAGUAUUCAAAUUCGAGUUAUGACGAUGAUGUAUAUUUGGAGAAGAAGGAUGAGUGCAAUGGUAAAAGGGUUAAAUUUGGAACCCCGAAAUUUCAUCCCAGC